GACUUCCUCUAUAGCUCACUUCUCUACAGCACUGACGAUGGAGAUGGACGGCAUUUACACUGGGCUUCAGAAUCCCUCGGAGGAUGUCUACUCCACAGUAAACCAACCCCAGGGCAAGAGAGCAGGACCACAACAGCGUGACCCCACCCCACCUGCGAGUGCUGCUAGCAAAGCCUCUUCAUACAGACAGCCUGCACUGGUCCUCUUCACCCUGUGCUGUCUCUUACUGAUUGCUGUCAUCUCCCUCACUGUCUAUUAUUUCAAAUCAUCAAUCUUGGAUAAAUACUGUCCUCUCAAAGAAGGCUCUUCAACGGAGCGGGUUUGUUGUCCAGAGAAGUGGGUGCAGUUCAAUGGAAAGUGCUACUACUUCUCAACUGAUACAAUGGACUGGAACUCCAGCCGUGACAACUGCACCUCAAUGGGAGGGCAUCUGGUGAUUAUAGAGAGUGAGGCAGAGCAGAGAUUCUUGUUGAAUGCAGCUAAAGCCCAGACUGCAGGGAAGCGCUACUGGAUUGGCCUGACUGACGGUGUUACUGAAGGAGUCUGGCGCUGGGUGGAUGGCACUCCUCUUAAUGAAAAGGCACAGUACUGGGCUAGUGGAGAGCCUAAUGACUAUAAUGAAGAUGGGGAGGAUUGUGCACAUAUUCCAUUCCGGGAUGAUCCCCUCAAUUCUUGGAAUGAUAUAUUGUGCAAAGUUAAAUAUACUAGGAUUUGUGAAACCAUAGCAGUGAUAAUCCAUCAAUAGCAUAACACUAUGCUGUUAUCACCAUGUUAACCAAUGAGAAUGCAGCAUGUGUUUUCGACAGGUGGCCUUAGCCAAUCAGGAUCGACCAGAAGUCCUGCCUCUUAGUUCCGGUCAUGUGUAUGUAGUUUUAAUGCAAAUAUGGAAAUGUAAAAAAAAGUGGGUAUACAGUUUGUUUUGUUAUAUUCUUUAUUUCAGAAAACUAAAAUGAGCAGUAAAAUGGGUGAAAACAAGAAGGUAUAAAGUGUUAAAAAUAAAACAAGCUUGAAAGUGGUGAAAAAAACAUUAUAUAUAUAUUAGUGCUGAAAAAUAAAGCAAGCUUGAAAAUGUGGAAAAACUACAAUGUAUAGAGUUGAAAAAUAAAUUAAAAGCAGAGAAAUGUUACAAGGUACCGAGAAGCAUGUCUGUUGAAUAAAAGACAAAAUGUUUAAAAUAAUGAACACCCUGUUUAUGAAAUGUAAACAAUUCUUAACCAACAAAUAAAUUAAAUUAAAAAUAAAAUGUGAGACCCUGUAUAUACGGCUAAGUCAGCAUUUUAAAACCUUACUGCCUUAUUUUACACAGCUUGAGACCCAAACACAUGUAAAAGAAACACAGGGCUCUUCUGAAAUGCGCUACAAAGUGCAUUGUGUUU